AUGACUGCCACUCCUAGUGAAAUAGAUUUACUGAAUAUUCUGUCAAAACUCAGUCCAUAUGUGAGGAAUGAGAGCCAAACCAAACUCAAAGCGCACACUAUUGGCGUCGGAAACGGACUCCAUUUGUUGGUGAGAUUGUCGCCCACAGUAUCGCCCGCGCCGUCCAGUCCUGGAGAAGAAUGUCAGACCAUCACUGAGUGGACCGGACGUCAAGAACCAGGUGUUGACAAAGCGACUCAAACGGAUCCAACGAUUGUUAACGAUUGUGAGACACAAACAGUUGUUGAGACACAGCCGGAGGUGAGGCGGAGGAAUGGGCUCAAGAAGUGCUGUUCUCUUAUGUAG